UGACGUCAUCACUGGGACUUUCCGGAUGCGUUGGGAUUGUCAGGUAAAAAGUUGUUUUAAAACAGGAUUACUCUAGGCAAUAUAUCACCGCAGGGAAGAGGAAGAUAGAUCGCAGGAAACCAUGAAGGAGGGUAAAGAUCCAAAUGACACCGAAUGGUUAAAAUAUUAAAACUCUGUUGUCAAUAGGGACAGAUAUUCAUAAACAGAAUGUCAACAACGCCGCCCCUCCUUGGCAUGAAGCGAGUCACCGAGGAAACCUGUUCGGAACCGCCGGAAAACAGGCUGUCACCAGUAGCGAGCAAACAACAGCAAGAGGCCCUUACAGUGGACGAAUUUGCGGUCCUUGAAAACAAGCAAGAAGAACUGAAUUGCGCUAAACCCAAAGUAGAACAGGUUUUCCAGGUGGCUUUCACAAUUAUCGGCCUUUUGGACCACACUGGAGCCCACAGUAGUACAGCAUCAAGGCAGAUUUGGCUUAAACUCAAGGGAAAGAGAGACGACGUGUCAAAGGCAAAGGAGUACCUGAAAGGUCUGUGUGACCCAGAGCUGCAGCAGGUGGAGCGCUACCCUGUGGACAUGCACUGCAUCUUUGCCGGUGCCCGGGGUCUGUUCCUAGACCGGCUGCUGCGGGACACCAGCGCUGAGGUUGUGGUGCUGGAGCCGGGCCGACUGCGCCUGCUGGGCUGCGUUGAGUCUGUCGUCAUGGCACAGAGCCGCGUGCAACAGUUUGUUGCUCUCUUCCAAGAGAAGCGCAGCCUGCCAGGAGACAGGGAGCAGGCCGUCAAACGCACCUUCAAGACAUUUGUGGAGGAGCGGGACGAUAAGUACGCCAUGGAGCUGCUCCUGCUGCCCAGUGCCCUGAAGGAGGAGCUGCUAGGUCUGGCCCAGAGCCCCACUCAGCCUGGUGGGUUUAUAGACCUGGACCAGGAUCGCUCCCAAAGCAGCACCCCUGUCACUGACCUCUCCAACCGCAUCGUGGACACCAGCUUUGAGGAGAAGGCAGCUGGGGCUGCAGCCUGGGCCGAAGCGGGGUUGCUGAAUGGCGUACGACCCUCCCACAAGCGGCGUUCGUCAGAGAGCGAGCUGAGGGACACCAAGAGGCAGUUCUCCCUGGAGAGGAGGGGUGAGUCGAUGCCGAGAGAGCACCACACUGUAACCAGUGACUGCCGAGCUAAGACCCCCUCCAAGGCCAACAUGGGGCUGAUGGUGCUUGACUCUAGUGAUGGUGCAGAUGACCGGGAGGCUGUGACCCCUGAGACCAACCUACGGUGCCUGGUGAACUUCUUCAGGACCAUGGGCUACCAGCAGGAGGUGGUGGAGAGGGUGGUGAGGGAGACAGGCCAGACAGAGGACACCUUCCUGCUGCUGGAGCGCAUUGUGGGGGAGAGCCAGAGAACAGAGGGGCAGCGAGGAGGGGCGUCUUCAACCCACAACCCUGAGUCUUCAUCUUCCUCCUCCUCAUCUGCUACUUUCCCCAGGGAUAAGGACAGAGGGCCAGAUAGAGUGCCAAACAGAGCCCUGGAUGUAAAGUCCAAGGAGAACAUUAAGCCACUCAGCAGCAAUGCUGUGGGCCAGAGGGGACAGUGUAGCAGCAUGCUGCAGACAGUGACACUAAAGAGGAGCAGCACUGGUCAGGGGGCUGCUUACAAUAUCAUCACCAUUGAUGAUGACGAGGUCAGUUCCGACACUAUGACUGGCAUUAAGGCUAGGACGGCAGAGCAGCUGGAUCCUCUAUCGGGGUCCAGGAUGGACUACCUUUCCCGGGGAGGGGCUCAGACCAUGGGGCCCAUGGGGCCGGUACAUGUGGAGAGUGUGACAGCACUGCGGAGCACGCCACAGUGCCCGACCCAGCCAGCAGGCACACGGCCAGGCUGCUCCUACCAGACCCUGUCAGCCAGGGUCCCCCCACCCCGCUCAGAGCCCCCUCCACCACCCCUGACUGCCACGAUCCGUUUCCAUGAGUCCCUGAGAACCCCUUACACCCUGACGCUACAGAACGAGCCUGGACACCCUGACCUCCGCCACAUCAUCAUUGAUGGCAGCAACGUGGCCAUGGCGCACGGUCUCCACCGCUUCUUCUCCUGCCGGGGGAUAGCCAUUGCUGUGGAGGCCUUUUGGAUUCGGGGCCACCGGGAGAUCACCGUCUUUGUGCCUCAGUGGAGGCAGAAGAGAGACCGCUACACCACAGAACAACAUUACCUGAAUCAACUGGAAGACCUGCGUCUGCUCUCCUUCACGCCUUCCAGAGAGGUCUGUGGAAAGAGGAUUUCCUCACAUGAUGACAGGUUUCUGCUCCAUCUGGCAGAGAAGACAGGAGGGGUUAUCGUCACCAAUGACAACCUGCGGGACUUUGUAAAUACAUCAGAGGCAUGGAUGAAGAUCAUCCAAGAGAGGCUUUUGCAGUUUACCUUUGUGGAGGACCACUUUAUGAUCCCAGAUGAUCCCCUGGGGAAGCAUGGCCCCCACCUGGAUGUUUUCUUACGGAAGGACAAUAGAUGGAGCCCAGUCACACCUCUUCUGAGGCCGGAUCCCCAAGCUACCCCGCAGCAUUCUGGGCCCCCUAGGUGGCACUACCCAACACCCUCACCCCCUCUCCAGCGGUCGCACCCCCCUCGCCCAACACCCUCCCCCCCUCCCCAGCGGUCACCCUUGGAAACCAUGGAGCUCAAAAGUAAGCUGUACGAUAUCUUCCCCGACCAGAAGCAGCGCAUUGACCGGAUCCUGAGUGACAACCCCUACAUGAGAGACCUGAAUGCACUGUCAGGCCUUCUGCUGGGAUGAAACCAAGCACACAUACAGUACUCAGCCACUCACACACAGAUACACUUACAAGUCUGUCUGUCGAAUGACGGUGCCAAGAGUAGGACUAUGUAUGGAAACCGAGCUGUUUUGUAUUAAAGACGAUGAUCAACUGCA